AUGGAACAGUGGGAAGGCAAAGCCUCGGCCAAGCUCCCCACCACCAAGGCUGACGAAGCCUGGUCCCUCCUCUCCAGCUUCUGUAGCCUUCACUUGUGGCUCCCAGGACUGGUGGAAACAUGCCGGAAGAUAGCCGGUGCCGAAGGCCAACCCGGCUGCGUUCGCUACUGCGCCAGCCCUCCCGGAGACGACGGCAAGCCGGUCAUCUGGGCCUACGAGGAGCUGCUGGCUUUCGACCCGGCGCGGCGGUGCUUCGAUUACGAAGUGGCCGACAACAACAUAGGGUUGAAGCGGUACGUCGCGACGUUCAAGGUGCUUCUGCCGCCGUCGAACGGGGAGGGCGGGUGCCAACUCGAGUGGUCGUUCCACUGCGAUCCGGUCAGUGGUUGGACGGAAGACAGCCUCGCCGCUUUCCUGCAGACCGGUAUCGAAGCCAUGGCCAAGAAAGUGGAAGAAGCACCGAAAGUUACUGCUGCCGCUGAGAUGGUGGACAGCCACUAUAUAUGA